AGAGCUUGUAUUUAUACUCUCCAGGCUUAUAUCUAGAAUUUACUACAACUUUCUCUUUCUCUCGAGCUUACUCAUCAGCUCUCGGCAUGAUGCCGGAUUGCCCUUUCUAGAACUUUCCGGCAAAAUCCCAACAAUCCUACAUAUCAUCCAGCCCUUUUUCCAGCAGGGUUGUGGCAUAGCAUGUUCCUCGUAUCGACAAGACUGGUGCGCUUACUAUCUGAACGGAUGCGACAUCAGUGACUGCGAGAAUUCGAACAUCAUGAUUGAUGGUUCUGUGUCAUGCUCUUGAAGCAAAUUCAUGGCUUGAAUAAAUACUCCUGCAGGCGGUGCAUCAGAGGCGUGGCGUUGGUUCGAAUUCCAUUGAUAUCUACUCGGCUGGGUCAUCAAGUGGACCCGAGAUCGUUCAAGAGACUAUCUACUUAUUACAUCACUCAGCAUGGCUGUCCGGUAUCGAUAUGGUUACUAAAUCCAAUACUGUUUUACUAUGGGCUUGGCCAAAUUCGGCAUUUCCCUUGUUCUGAGCUUACUUUGUUCGACGCUCCUGCCAGUGAAGGGCGCGCCCGCCGUGCGUUUUUCAGCCGAAUGAGCCGUCAAUACAAACGUCUCUCUACAAUGUACGCACUGAAGGUGAAGGAGUUGGCUCUCAGAGGCUCAGGCGACGCUCUUGUUCAGCUGGGAGAAUUUGCCCGCGAUAAUUCCACCAUGCUCCCUCACCUCGUCCAUGUCGUUCGUGUGUUUCUGAAAUACUUGCCGCCACCAGAGAUGAUAGACAAGUUAUCUCCUAAAGACGUCUUCAAAUCAUUGGACAGAAUUGCAUCUUACUUUAACGCGCUUAAUGUUGCUCUUCAAUCGCCACAAGCUCUCGACCGUUUCAAAUCAGCGGGACUAGUGAUCACUUGUCCCCAGAUAUAUCUUUGGGCUGUCGAUUUUUUCCACCACUAUUUCAUCCACACCGAUAUCACCAUUUCUGUGUCCCCAGUGUCCUUAAUUACGGUUCGAAUCGUGGAGUUCCUCGGCACCCUAGCCAUCGACCCUGAUUACUGUGCAAAGAUGCGAGAUACCAAAGGUUUCACUUUUUCCAUGACCGUCUUGUGGAUACACAGCAUUCAUACGGAAUAUGGUCAAGUUGAGACUAUUGUCAGGGUAGCCAUGAUGUACAUCCUACAGAAACGCACUCUCGGUAGCAAGGUUUCGAACGCUUUUAAUCGGGUUCAGAACGAGGUUUCGAACGCUUUUAAUUGGGUUCAGAAACCUAUUGUAGAAGAACUCUGCGCUCGCAUUGUUGCCAGAGAGCGGGAGCCUAACGCGGACUACGACGGGGGCAUCAUAUUCCUAUUUGUCAGCGCGAUGUAUUCUCGUCCGUUCACCCGAGCUUUCAUCUCAUGCCACUCUGUAUCGUGGAUCUGUCGACGGAUUGCGGAUAUCGCAGCCAAGAAAGAGGAAACCUGCUCUCCCAAUGAACUGACCGGUUACUCCAGACUGCUUAAAUACUCGUUAAUCUAUUUGCUACGAGCGUUUCAGGAGGGUUCUGAUCGAAUAAUCGAAGGGCUGGACACUGACUUGAUACCGGCACUCUUAAGGGCACAGUCAAAGGUGCACGCCGAUGAUAAGGAGGCGAUUCUUGUUCCGUUGCUGCACUUGAUGACAUCGUACACACUCUAUCGUAACGUACUCGCAAAACUGUGCAAGGUCUUAUAUACGGCCGAUUUAAAACCUGGCAUUUCUGAGGCAGGACCGAUUGGCGAUGCUUGGACCGCACUAAAGGAGACCACGGAGACACGUUGGGGUAUGCUCAAGGAUUAUAUGGCUUCCGGGCGUGAACUGACAAAGUGCUCGUACUACGCUUGUCCGCACCCGGAUAACGGCCCCAUGCGGACGCCCAGACGUUGCAAAGGCUGCUGUUUCGAGUACUAUUGCUCGCAAGAGUGCCAGAAACUGGACUGGGGCGAUGGUCAUAACGAUCGUUGUCGAAUGAUACAAGAUGAUCUUCAAAAUGGUUUCCCCAUCCCCAUGUCGAAGCGCGAACGCCAUUUCGCAUAUGCCAUUAUUGAAAAAGACAUCCAGGAUAACGCUCAACUCAUUCAAAAGCUGAAGUCGGAAAAGCCGAGAGGCAGGGGCGGUUUCGUUGUUUUGCUCACUGUCACGGAUUACACACAAGUUCCAAUGAAAUUGUAUGUCCUCACGGACGAAGAGUUCCACACUACUGAAACUGUACCUGCUGAGUGGGACACUGCUUUGGCGCUCGCGAAGGAAGCCGGAAAGGAUUUAGUUCUUUUGAAAAUUCCACUAGGAGCAAUGGCGCAACUGUUGCUGAAGACAUAUCCAUUUGAUUUCAACACGGAGGUGUAAAGGUGUUAAAUUGGUGAUGCAUUGUAAACACAAUCUACUAUUUAGCAUUCUUGUCCGUUGAUAGCUUCUAAUGUACCUCUAGUCAUGGUAGACUUUCGACUGAUUUUUCUGAGAGUAUAUUUUAGAUUUGAUAGGCCCCAUCUCCCGCAUUCAUCCCUUCGAAUUUAAAGAGAGCGAGGAAUCAGCUGCCGAAGAUAAAAGCAAGCAUGUAUCACAAACCGAUUGCUCAUGUCAUGGUGAAAUCAUAAUCA